AAUGCGCAGUGUGGGUACACAGACCCGUCCAACUGCCGGCCCGACUUUAAGUAACUUAAAGCUGAAGGAGAGCCAACAGCAUGUAGAUAAUGUGAAUGUCAGAGACUCCAAGAUGCAGGCCUAAAGCCCCAAAAAGGGCAGUAAGCCAGAGAUGACCGACAAGAUGUCGAGCUUCCUUCAUAUUGGAGAUAUUUGUUCUCUCUAUGCAGAGGGCUCAACAAAUGGAUUUAUUAGCACUUUGGGCCUUGUGGAUGAUCGAUGUGUUGUACAGCCAGAAGCAGGUGAUCUUAACAACCCACCCAAAAAGUUCAGAGAUUGCCUGUUUAAACUAUGCCCUAUGAACCGGUACUCUGCUCAAAAGCAGUUCUGGAAAGCAGCAAAACCAGGAGCUAACAGCACAACAGAUGCAGUGCUGCUCAAUAAACUGCAUCAUGCAGCAGAUUUGGAAAAGAAACAGAAUGAAACUGAAAACAGAAAGCUGCUAGGAACAGUUAUCCAGUACGGCAAUGUCAUCCAGCUGCUUCAUUUAAAAAGUAACAAAUACUUAACAGUAAAUAAGAGGCUUCCAGCUCUAUUAGAGAAGAAUGCUAUGAGGGUGACCUUGGAUGAAGCUGGGAAUGAAGGUUCCUGGUUCUACAUACAGCCCUUCUACAAGCUACGCUCCAUUGGAGACAGUGUUGUCAUUGGAGACAAAGUAGUCCUGAACCCUGUCAAUGCUGGCCAGCCUCUUCAUGCCAGUAGUCAUCAGCUUGUCGAUAAUCCAGGAUGCAAUGAGGUCAACUCUGUGAAUUGCAAUACAAGCUGGAAGAUAGUCCUUUUCAUGAAAUGGAGCGAUAAUAAAGAUGAUAUUCUUAAAGGGGGGGAUGUGGUGAGGUUGUUUCAUGCAGAGCAGGAGAAGUUUCUGACCUGCGACGAGCACAGGAAGAAGCAGCACGUCUUCCUGAGAACUACAGGGAGGCAGUCAGCCACUUCUGCAACGAGUUCAAAAGCACUGUGGGAAGUAGAGGUGGUGCAGCAUGAUCCUUGUCGUGGUGGCGCAGGAUACUGGAAUAGCCUUUUUAGGUUCAAACAUCUUGCUACUGGACACUACUUAGCAGCAGAGGUAAACCCUGACUAUGAGGAAGAUGACCAGGAGUGUCAAUCCUCACUGGAUCCUGAGCAGGAUGCCUCCAGGAGAGGCUUGCUCAGUGCUCAGGAGAAGAUGGCGUACUCCCUGGUGUCCGUGCCUGAAGGAAAUGAUAUCUCUUCCAUAUUUGAGUUGGACCCUACAACACUGCGAGGAGGAGACAGCCUUGUUCCCAGAAACUCCUAUGUCAGACUUAGACACCUUUGCACUAACACUUGGGUUCACAGUACCAAUAUCCCUAUUGAUAAAGAAGAAGAAAAACCUGUGAUGCUUAAAAUUGGUACCUCUCCGGUGAAAGAGGACAAAGAAGCUUUUGCUAUAGUACCAGUUUCUCCUGCAGAGGUCCGGGACUUGGAUUUUGCAAAUGAUGCAAGUAAGGUUUUAGGUUCCAUUGCUGGCAAGUUGGAAAAGGGAACAAUAACCCAGAAUGAAAGAAGGUCUGUUACCAAAUUGUUGGAGGAUUUGGUCUACUUUGUUACUGGUGGAACUAAUUCUGGGCAAGAUGUCCUCGAGGUGGUGUUUUCUAAACCUAAUAGAGAACGGCAAAAACUGAUGAGAGAGCAGAAUAUUCUAAAGCAGAUUUUCAAGCUGUUGCAAGCACCAUUUACUGACAGUGGUGAUGGCCCAAUGUUGCGACUGGAGGAACUUGGAGAUCAGCGUCAUGCUCCCUUCAGACACAUAUGUCGGCUUUGCUACAGAGUGCUCAGACACUCUCAGCAGGAUUACAGGAAGAAUCAGUUUUACGAUUACAUUUCCAAGCAGUUUGGCUUCAUGCAGAAACAAAUUGGCUAUGAUGUCUUGGCUGAGGACACUAUAACAGCACUGCUUCAUAACAAUCGCAAGCUCUUGGAGAAGCACAUCACCGCUGCUGAGAUUGACACCUUUGUUAGUCUUGUGAGGAAAAAUAGGGAGCCCAGGUUUUUGGAUUACCUCUCAGAUCUGUGUGUUUCCAUGAACAAGUCUAUUCCAGUGACACAGGAGUUGAUUUGUAAAGCCGUACUGAAUCCAGCAAAUGCAGACAUACUCAUUGAAACUAAGUUGGUCCUCUCUCGGUUUGAGUUUGAAGAAGUGUCAAGUGGAGAAAAUGCCUUGGAAGUUGGAGAAGAUGAGGAAGAAGUGUGGCUAUUCUGGAGAGACAGUAACAAGGAAAUCCGCAGUAAGAGUAUCAGAGAGUUGGCUCAGGAUGCUAAGGAAGGGCAGAAGGAAGAUCGGGACGUACUCAGCUAUUACAGAUACCAGCUAAACCUCUUUGCUAGAAUGUGCCUUGACCGACAGUAUCUGGCCAUAAAUGAAAUAUCUGGUCAGCUGGAUGUGGAUCUCAUUCUCCGUUGUAUGUCUGAUGAAAACUUGCCGUACGAUCUGAGAGCAUCUUUCUGCCGACUAAUGCUCCAUAUGCACGUUGAUCGUGACCCCCAGGAACAAGUAACGCCAGUGAAGUAUGCUCGUCUGUGGUCUGAGAUACCUUCUGAAAUUGCUAUUGAUGACUAUGAUAGCAGUGGAACUUCCAAAGAUGAAAUUAAGGAGAGAUUUGCACAAACAAUGGAAUUUGUAGAGGAAUAUUUAAGAGAUGUGGUGUGUCAGAGGUUCCCUUUCUCUGAUAAAGAGAAAAAUAAACUCACUUUUGAGGUUGUUAACUUAGCCAGAAAUCUGAUAUAUUUUGGUUUCUACAACUUCUGUGACCUCCUCAGACUGACCAAAAUCCUUCUUGCUAUAUUGGACUGUGUGCACAUCACUACCAUCUUCCCUAUUACCAAGAUGGCAAAAGGCGAGGAAAGUAAAGGGAGCAAUGUGAUGAGAUCAAUCCAUGGAGUUGGUGAGCUGAUGACGCAGGUGGUGCUCAGAGGUGGUGGGUUCUUACCUAUGACCCCGCUCGCCACUGCUCCUGAGGGUAAUGUCAAGCAGAGUGAACCAGAGAAAGAAGACAUCCUGGUAAUGGAUACCAAACUGAAGAUCAUCGAAAUACUUCAGUUUAUUUUGAAUGUGAGAUUGGACUACAGAAUCUCCUGCCUGCUAUGUAUAUUUAAGCAUGAAUUUGAUGAAAGCAACGCCCAAAUGUCUGAAUCGCCCACUGGAAGCAGUAAUCAGGAACUGCCAGCUAAUGUACCAGGAGCCCUAGACUUUGAACAUAUUGAAGAACAAGCUGAGGGGAUCUUUGGUGGAAGUGAGGAGAAUACACCAUUGGAUUUGGAUGAUCAUGGUGGCAGAACGUUUCUCAGAGUUUUGUUGCAUUUAACAAUGCAUGAUUAUCCUCCUCUGGUGUCUGGAGCGCUUCAGCUGCUCUUCCGGCACUUUAGCCAGAGACAAGAAGUCCUUCAAGCUUUUAAGCAGGUUCAACUGCUUGUGACCAGCCAAGAUGUUGACAACUACAAGCAGAUAAAACAAGAUUUGGACCAGCUGAGGUCUAUUGUGGAAAAGUCAGAGCUUUGGGUGUACAAAGGCCAGGGUCCAGAUGAGACUAUGGAUGGAGUGCAAGGUGAAAAUGAGCACAAGAAAAAAGAGGAAGGUCACAGCAAGUCACAAAAACCUGAAAGUACUAGCAGCUACAACUACCGUGUAGUAAAAGAGAUUUUGCUGCGGCUUAGCAAGCUCUGCGUUCAAGAAAGUGCUUCAGUCCGAAAAAGCCGGAAACAGCAGCAGCGGCUUCUGAGGAACAUGGGAGCUCACACGGUUGUGCUGGAGUUGUUGCAGAUCCCUUACGAAAAGGCUGAAGACACAAGGAUGCAGGAGAUAAUGAAGCUUGCACACGAGUUUUUACAGAACUUCUGUGCUGGGAACCAACAGAACCAGGCAUUGCUACACAAGCACAUAAACCUGUUUCUUAACCCAGGGAUCCUGGAAGCAGUAACAAUGCAACACAUUUUCAUGAACAACUUCCAGCUUUGCAGUGAGAUUAAUGAACGAGUUGUUCAACACUUUGUCCACUGUAUAGAAACACAUGGCAGAAAUGUUCAGUACAUAAAGUUCCUGCAGACAAUUGUCAAGGCAGAAGGAAAAUUCAUUAAGAAAUGCCAAGAUAUGGUAAUGGCUGAGCUGGUGAAUGCAGGAGAAGAUGUCCUGGUUUUUUACAAUGACAGAGCCUCCUUCCAGACUUUGGUGCAAAUGAUGAGAUCAGAGAGAGAUCGGAUGGACGAAAACAGCCCGUUGAUGUACCAUAUCCAUUUAGUAGAACUGCUUGCUGUGUGCACAGAAGGCAAAAAUGUCUACACAGAAAUAAAAUGCAACUCCCUUCUCCCUUUGGAUGACAUUGUUAGGGUAGUAACCCAUGAGGAUUGCAUACCUGAGGUUAAAAUUGCAUACAUCAACUUCUUGAAUCAUUGCUAUGUGGACACAGAAGUAGAAAUGAAAGAGAUUUACACCAGUAAUCAUAUGUGGAAGCUGUUUGAGAACUUCCUGGUUGACAUCUGUCGGGCUUGCAACAACACGAGUGACAGAAAGCAUGCUGACUCCAUAUUGGAGAAGUACGUUACAGAAAUAGUGAUGAGUAUAGUCACCACUUUCUUCAGUUCCCCGUUCUCUGAUCAGAGCACUACUUUGCAGACCCGCCAACCUGUGUUUGUACAACUGCUACAAGGCGUGUUCAGAGUUUACCAUUGCAACUGGUUAAUGCCAAGCCAAAAGGCAUCAGUGGAAAGCUGCAUUCGGGUGCUCUCAGAUGUAGCAAAAAGCCGAGCAAUUGCAAUUCCUGUAGACUUGGACAGUCAGGUCAACAAUCUCUUCCUGAAAUCUCAUAACAUUGUACAGAAGACUGCAAUGAAUUGGCGUAUGACCGCAAGGAACGCGGCCCGCAGAGAUUCGGUGCUUGCUGCCUCCAGGGAUUAUCGAAACAUCAUUGAGAGACUGCAGGACAUAGUGUCAGCCUUAGAGGAUCGCUUACGUCCUCUGGUCCAAGCAGAGUUAUCUGUACUGGUAGACGUACUUCACAGGCCUGAACUGCUCUUCCCAGAGAAUACAGAUGCAAGAAGGAAAUGUGAGAGCGGAGGUUUCAUUUGCAAGUUAAUAAAGCAUACUAAACAGCUGCUAGAGGAGAAUGAGGAGAAAUUAUGUAUUAAAGUAUUACAGACACUCAGGGAAAUGAUGACCAAAGAUAGAGGCUAUGGAGAAAAGCAGAUUACCAUUGAAUUGGAUAAUGCUGAGCUGCCGCAACCUCCAGAAACGGAAAGCCCAGUAGAGCAGGAGCUUGAUCAAAGUCUACCACAGAGGCAACUGGAGGAUCAUAGAAGGGGUGAGGCGCUCAGGCAAGUGUUGGUCAACCGUUACUAUGGCAACGUCCGACCGGCGGGAAGACGAGAGAGCCUCACGAGCUUUGGCAAUGGCCCACUCUCUGCUGGAGGCGCUAGUAAAACCGGGGGAGGAGGAGGAAGCUCCGGAUCAAGUUCAAUGAGCCGAGGUGAGAUGAGUUUGGCAGAUGUUCAGUGUCAUCUGGAUAAAGAAGGUGCAUCCAACCUGGUUAUAGACCUCAUCAUGAAUGCCACCAGUGACAGAGUCUUUCAUGAGAGCAUCCUCCUAGCCAUUGCCCUUCUGGAAGGUGGGAACACUACAAUACAGCAUUCGUUUUUCUGCAGACUAACAGAAGAUAAGAAAUCUGAAAAGUUCUUUAAGGUUUUCUAUGAUCGCAUGAAAGUGGCACAACAAGAAAUCAAGGCUACCGUCACAGUCAACACAAGUGACUUAGGAAAUAAAAAGAAAGAUGAAGACUCAGACAGAGAAGUACCAAACAGAAAAAGAGUGAGAGAGCCUAUGACCCAAAUCACAGAGGAAGUCCGGGAUCAGUUACUAGAGGCUUCGGCAGCUACAAGGAAGGCUUACAACACUUACCGGAGGGAAGCUGAUCCUGAUGACCAUUAUUCAGCUGCAGAAGGAGCACAGUCUGCGACAGACAAGAGCAAGGAUGACUUGGAGAUGAGUGCUGUGAUCUCAAUAAUGCAACCCAUCCUCCGUUUCUUACAGCUACUCUGUGAAAACCACAAUCGGGAUUUGCAGGUAUGA